AUGGCUGCUAAUUCAUCUUUUCCCGAAGGAUUGAAUAGUAUUUCUACAUGGGGGUUUACAGCAUUUGAACCACUUACAUAUAUAUAUUUCAACAUAGCCUUUAUUAUAAUUGCGUACCCUUUAUAUCGAUUAAUAGCAGGUUUUUUAAAAUGGGAAUUAAACGAAAAAACGCCGAGUAAACAUUAUAGCGAUAUUCUUGCGUGCGUUAGAUAUGGGUUUAUUGUAUUUGUGCUUGGAGGAUAUUCGCAAACUUUCAACUGGAUCACAAUUCUCUCAUUUUACGUUGCAAUGUAUGGGUUCGGUAGUUUGGCAGAGCUUUCCUUUGCCAAACAAUCAUUACCAACAUGGCGUAAUUGGGCAGUGCAAAUGUGGAUAUUAAUAAUUGUAGCAAUACUUAUAAUCUUGGCAUUUGCGGCUUAUCAUAUUUAUCUAGGAGUAGUUUUCACAGAAGUUGGUCAACUCGGUCAUAAUGGAAUAUUUUUAGCUUGGUAUAUAAGUUGUUUGAUAAUCCCAGUAAUACUAAUGGUGCUUGGCUCAUUAGCUGUUAAAGAACAAAACGAUAGAUAUUUUACAAAGAAAUUUGUAAAUGUAUUAAGUGUAUUUAAGAAGAAGAAAAAAAAAGACGUGGAAGCACAUUCGAGCAGUGAUAAUAAUGAAAAUUCUGAGCAAACUAAUGAAAAUUCUGAGCAAACUGCUACUGCUAAUGGUGAAGAGACCAAUCAGACUAAAAACGAACCACAACCCUAUGACAAAAAAGUAGGUGUUCAUUUACACCAUUGGCAAAUAUUCUACGUGCUUGCAUUUUUUCACAAGAUUUGCUGA